AUGGCUAGCCCUCAAAAAUUAUUAGCUCUCGUGAGUACGUCCAAUCGUGAAAAUUUACCAUGGUUUGCAACGCAACUUUACGAAUUCGGUUAUGAAAUAGUUGCUUCUGGUGGCACUGCUGCAUGUCUUAGGUCAAAUUAUAUCCCGGUGGUAGAUGUUUCUCAAAUUACCCGUCAUCGAGAAAUGCUGGCAGGCCGCGUUAAAACAUUGCAUCCAGCAAUUCAUUCUGGGAUCUUAGCACGCAACUGCCCUGAGGACUUGCAGGAAAUGGUUGAAUUCGGCUAUCAAUUUUUUGAUGUUGUCGUUUGCAAUUUAUACCCCUUCGAAGAGAUAGCAAAACGCGGCAUUAAAAUAGAUGAUGCAAUUGAGCAAAUUGAUAUCGGAGGCGUAACAUUACUACGAGCUGCUGCCAAAAACUAUCAGCGUGUGACUGCAGUUUGCGAUCCAAAUGAUUACCAACGAAUUUGUUCCGAGAUAGAAGCUAGCCAAGAAAAUCGCACCACUUUAGGAUUAAGGAAGGAAUUAGCAUUGAAAGCUUUAAAUACAACGGCUGCAUACGAUUUCGCUAUUAGCAAUUAUCUUCGCUAUGAGUUUAAAGCGGGUACAUCUCAAAUGGAUUUACGUUAUGGCAUGAAUUCACAUCAGAAGGAAGCUCAAAUUUUUACGUUUUCUGAUGUAUUGCCAGUAGCCACUUUAAACGGAAAACCAAGCUUUAUAAACAUGCUAGAUGCUUUAAACAGCUGGCAACUUGUGCAAGAACUUCGUAAUAUUUCCAGUCUGCCUGCGGCAGCGUCAUUUAAACAUGUAAGUCCGGCAGGUGCGGCUGUGGCCGUACCAUUAUCGAGUGCUGAAGUUUUAUCAAGCAUGGUAAAAGGAUUUGAGCUUACUGCUCAAGCGACAGCGUAUGCCCGAGCUAGAAGUGCUGACCGGCUUUCGUCUUUUGGAGACUGGAUUGCCUUAUCCGAUAUUUGUGACAUUGCAACAGCAAAACUGAUAUGCGCUGAUAUUUCAGAUGGUGUAAUAGCACCCGAAUAUCAUCCCGAUGCAUUAGCAAUGCUUAAGAAGAAAAAGUCCGGAAAGUUUAUCAUUUUAACGAUGAAUUCUAGCUAUCGUCCAUCGAUAAAGGAAUAUCGAACUGUUUUCGGACUUCAUCUGCAGCAAGAAAGGAAUAAUUCCGUUAUUAAUCGUGAAGCAUUAUCCGACAUUCUUACCAGAGCAAAGGAUUUACCCAGUAGCGCUAUCUUAGACCUAUUGGUGGCAACUAUCGCUGUGAAGUAUGCCCAAUCCAAUUCUGUUUGCUAUGCUUGCAAUGGCCAGAUAAUUGGAUUAGGUGCAGGACAACAAUCACGUAUUCAUUGCGUUCGACUUGCAGGUGAAAAAGCAAAGCUAUGGUGGCUGAGACAACAUCCUUACCUAGCAACUGCUCAAUUUAAAAAUUAUGUUCAGCGUUCUGAAAUGAAUAAUAUCAUAGAUGUAUAUGUUCGAGGUACCCUUGAUAUCGACAUCCCUAAAACGGAUUGGGAAAGCUACUGGGAGAAAGAACCUCAAGAACUAUCCAUGGAUGAGCGUCAAAAGUGGUUGUCCAAGCUAGGACAGUUAUCUAUGAGCUCCGAUGCAUUUUUUCCAUUUCGCGAUAGUAUAAAUUUUGCCAGCACUAUUGGUGUUCAAUAUAUAGCUACUCCGAUGGGUUCUACUCGCGAUGAUGAUAUCAUUUCUGCUUGCAACGAUAAAAAUAUAGUCUUAACUCGACUGCCUGAGCGUUUAUUCCAUCAUUAA